AUGCCCUCGCAUCUGGCGCUGCUGUCGUGCCUGCUGGUGCUGCUCCUCUCCCUCGACAAGUUCCUCCUCCACUACCUCAAGCGCUGGCUCUCCGGCGGCGGCGGCAGCAUAAUCCCCCGGAUCCCGACCGGCGCCUUCAGGCCGCGCUCGCACCGACCCAUGGCGGCCGCCGGCAGGUGGAGCGAGACGGCCAUGCUCGUCAUCGACAUGCAGAAGGAUUUCGUGGACCCGGCUAUGGGCAGCCCGGUGCUGGUCGCCGGCGGCGAGGCCGUGGUCCCCGCCGUCGCUGAGGCCGUCGCCGUGGCGCGGGAGCGCGGCAUCUUCGUCGUUUGGGUUGUCAGAGAGCAUGACCCUUCUGGAAGAGAUGUUGAACUUUUCCGCCGACACUUGUAUUCUGGAGGAAAGGGUCCGACAGUGAAAGGUUUGAAAGGUGCAGAGCUGGCUGACGGGCUUUUUAUCAAAGAAGGUGACUACAAGUUGGUGAAGACAAGAUUUAGUGCUUUCUUUGCGACGCACCUUGAUUCCGUUCUUAAAACACAAGGAAUAAAGAACUUGGUAGUUGUUGGUGUUCAAACGCCAAAUUGCAUUCGGCAGACUGUCUACGAUGCUGUGGAAUUGGACUAUGAGAAAGUUAUUGUCCUUAUUGAUGCAACAGCUGCUGCUAGGCCAGAUAUCCAUUUGGCAAAUAUCAGAGAUAUGAAGACCAUCGGCGUGGAAACACCAACCUUGGAAGAGUGGCGCCGUUAA